AUGGCUGAAUCUUCAGGCUCUUCGACCACCAUGCACGAGAAGAAAUCAUUCGACCGCUCCUCCUCCUCCCCCUCGCACGCCGGCCCCAUAGAGACAACAGCGAACAUAAUGGCGGAGACGGCAGAAGAACCACAUGAGAAGGAUCUUGAGAAAGCGGUGGAAGCAGCUGGUACAAAGAUUCCACCCGUGUCUGCAAUGGACCCUCCCCCAGAUGGAGGUCUGGAGGCGUGGCUCGUGGUCUCUGGCGCUUUCGCAUGUCUCUUCUGCAGUUUCGGCUGGAUCAAUGCAAUUGGCGUCUUCCAGACUGAAUGGGAGAAGCAUCAGCUCCGCAACUAUACCCCAAGUACAAUCUCAUGGAUCCCAUCACUCGAGGUUUUUGUGAUGUUUGCUGGUGGUCCGAUCGCGGGCAAGCUCUACGAUAAUUAUGGACCGAAGUGGAUUCUGCUGGUGGGCUCGUUCUUCCAUGUGUUUGGCCUAAUGAUGGCGAGCAUCAGUACGACGUACUAUCAAUUCCUACUUUCGCAAGGCCUAUGCAGCCCAAUUGGCGCUUGUCUGAUCUUUUACUCCGCCAUGUCGUCGGUGGGCGGCUGGUUCUCGAAGAAUCGCGCCCUCGCCUUUGGCGUCAUGGCAUCCGGCUCUUCGCUAGGUGGUGUCAUCUUUCCCAUCAUGGUUCAGCGCAUUAUUGCCCGAAGCGGCUUCGGGUGGGCCAUGAGGGCUUCGGCGUUUCUAAUCCUUGGGAUGCAAGUCUACGCCAACCUCACGGUCAAGUCUCGUUUCAAGCAAAAACCAACGCCAUGGAGAAUCGGCGAGUUCAUUAAACCUUAUACCGAGAUGCCCUUCUUCUUGGUCGUUCUCGCAUCAUUCUUCUUCUUCUUUGGCAUGUUUUUGCCUUUUACUUUCAUCAUCUUGUCGGCCGAGUACAACGGGAUGAGCGCAAGUCUAGCAGGCUAUUUGCUUUCCAUCCUCAACGCGGUUUCUAUCUUUGGCCGAACUUUGCCCGGCUUUGUCGCAGAUCGCGUGGGCCGGUUCAACAUUAUGAUUGUCACUUCAUUCCUCUCGACUAUCGUUGUACUGGCCCUCUGGUUGCCAGCGAAAGGCAACAUACCUUACAUUCUGUUCGCCGCCAUCUAUGGGUUUUCUUCGGGAGCUUUUGUGUCGCUUGCGCCAGCUCUCAUUGCUCAAAUUUCCGAUAUCAGACAGCUCGGUGUGCGGACCGGGUCGAUGUUUAUGGUCAUCAGUUUUGCAGCGCUUGUGGGCAGUCCAAUUGGCGGACAGCUGAUCAUCGAGAACAACGGCAACUAUUUACAUCUGCAGAUAUUUUGCGGUAUCAUGAUGGCGGCUGGAUCUUGCGUAUUUGUAGCAGCGAGAGCAAGCUUGCAAGGCUUCAAGUGGGUCAAGGUAUAA